CUGUCCCUUUUGCAACACGGAUGCAUUCUCUGUGGAGCAUCGAGGCAAGCGCACAGCAGCGGAGAGACACGCCGACCUGCUGGAGGAGCAGAGGGCGGUGGAAGCAAUGAUAAGAAUGCAGGUUGAGGCCGCAGCGGCGCACUCAGCACGGCUGGCUGGGCAAACAUCACCAGCAGCAGCAGAAGCAGACACAGCAGCAGAAUCAGGGGAAGAAGCAGCAGGAGCAGCAUCACCAGCGUUGGCACGGACCGUAUCCGCAAGUGACUCAGAGGAGAACAUGGAAGAAGAUGCAGAGGAGUUGAUGCUCAGCCAAGCCAUCUGGCUCUCCCUGCAA